UGUUAUGCCAAACAUGUGCUCAUCAUUGCAUCACAUGUUCCCAUAGAGUCAACACGUAUUCAUUGAACGGCUAUUUAAUUGUGUUUAAUGUUAAUUGUUAUUCAUAUUAAGGACUAAAUUAAUAACUUUAUGAUUGCAUCGAAGGUCGGGAUCGACGACCCGAGGGUUGGCCCGGAAUUUGAGACACUUUUUGGCACAUUUCUCGCCGUUAUAUAAACCCGUUUCCCACUGACGGACACAAAGCGCACAAUUAUUGAGACACAAAUACAUCUUAUUAUUAGCGCUGUUUUCAAUCAAUUUAUUGUCCGAUUGUCUCAUCUUAUUGUCCCUCUCUUCACAUCUCACACCAUAUAAUGAUAUUAUAGUCAACACUAAUGCCAAUAGUGUACACAUUAUAUCCAUAUUCAGUAACCGAUUGAGAGGUGGAGUGAAGUGUGAGUUUGGGAUCAAAUCAAGAGUUUGAUCACACGUUUGACAAUGAAUUGAGCGAAAGUAAGUCAUCAUUGAGGCCAAGGUAUCCACAAAUCCUUGUCCUUCCCAUAUAUCCAACACUUUUCCGGAUCAUUGCUAUCACUUCCAUCACUGACUCUCAAGACAUAUAUACUUCAGAAAAGAGACAUUUAUUGGAAUUUUAUUGAAUCCGUCGAUUGAAACGGAGGUUACGAGAGGUUAUCGAUAUUUGAGACUUUUAUUUAACUUUUAGCCAAAAGCCAAAUACGAUAAUGUCGUCAAUCAUAAGUCAAUGCCAUUUUGAUUCACUCUUAUUUUAGUGAUGAUUUUCAAUUCAAUUGUCCGCAAAUUCUGUACCAUUACUACCGUUCAAUUGAAAACAGCACUGAAAGCAAAAUUAAGUCGAAAAAUGUUGGCCCAAAAUACCGAAGCACUCAAUAUAUUUAGCCAAAUAUCCAAAAUACCAGAACUGAAAAUUCUAGAAAACAUAUUUACAUCUAAUGGAUAUGAACUGCGUAUGGCCGGCGGUGCCGUUAGGGAUCUUUUAUGUGGUAUUCAACCAAAUGAUAUAGACUUUGCCUCAAAUGCAAGACCGGAUCAAAUGAUUGAAAUAAUGAGAAACAAAGAGAAUAUUCGUCUUAUAACAACUCCAGCCGGUGAAAGACACGGAACUGUUACCGCAAGAAUCAAUGACAAACAUCAGUUUGAAAUAACGACUUUACGUAUAGAUAAAAACACUGAUGGAAGACACGCGGAGGUUGUGUUUGUCAAUGACUGGAAAAUCGACGCUUCUCGAAGGGAUUUAACGAUUAAUUCGUUAUUUUUGGAUUUGAAUGGAAUUCUUUACGAUUACUUUGACGGCGAGAAUGAUCUCAAGAAUAAGAUAAUUAGAUUUGUCGGCGAUUCUGAGGCCAGAAUUCGUGAGGAUUAUAUCAGAAUAUUUCGUUAUUUCCGAUUUCACGCCCGAUUUGGUUGCGCUAAGAAACACGACGAACAAACUCUGUCCACAAUUAAAGCCAAUUGCGAUGGAUUGCAGAUAAUUAGCGGAGAAAGGAUUUGGGCUGAAAUGAAGAGAAUCCUAGUUUUUAAAGACUGCAGUGAUGUGAUCGAUGUUAUGCUAAACGACGUUAACAUUGGAAAACAUAUGGGAUUUAAUGCCAAUGAGUGCACAACCGGUGCCAAUCAAGUGCUGCAAAAUGAUGACUAUUCCCGCGAUUUAUCAGAAUUUAGAAAAGUUGUCAAUAAUUUGAAGAAUGGUGUGGAGAGUGAAGCGAUGACCGGUUGGGAGGCGUCCACACUAUUUGCGUCACUUAUUAAGGACUCAACAGAACUGUUAAAUGUUGUGAAACGUCUCAAACUUUCCAAUAAUGAGAAGGACUGCAUACUCUUUAUAAUCACAAAUAGAGAAACUAUGAUUAAUGGAGACAUUAAUGCAUUGCGAAAAGAAUUAACGCUAACCCCUAAACCAAAUCAGAAUAAUUAUAGAAAAUGUAUUAUUGAAUGUUUGAAAUAUUGCGGUCUAUUCUCAGAAAUAGCCGCCAUAUCCGAGUGGACAAUACCUGAAUUCCCAUUCACUGGUCAUCUAAUCGCUGGUCGAGUGAAAAAGAGAACAUUAAUUAAAGACAUUAUCAAUGAAUUGAAGACAUUUUGGGCCAAAACAGGCUUUGAAGCGACAGAAGAACAACUGAAAGAAGAAUUAGAAAGGCUUUUGCAAACCGAUCGCUUCAAAGAAUAAACUCAAUUAUUUUAUGAUAUAAUUGUAAUUUUUAUAUUCAAUAAAACAUUAAUCUUAA